CAAAACAGACAAAAAGGGUUCUUUAAAGCAUCUGCAGCUUUGGAUUCUUGCUUCACAAGAGAAAAUCAUUUCAUGGGGGCAAUUUCUUAAUGGGUUAAUUUAACAGAAAGAAUAUCAUUUUCUUUUGUCUUGUGGGCUAAGUCUAUAAUGGAAAAGCUACUUUUUCGUCCUUCUUUUUACCUCUUUUACGUUGUUUUCCUAUCAUUUCUUCUUCUCUCUAUGUUACAGAUAAGGGCUUUCCUCACAUUAUUCAACUUUAGGUAAACAAAUCAAAGCACCCUCUUUCCUUUUACAACACUUCGCCAUUGCAUUCACCAUAAUAUGGCCGUAGUAGGGAAGUAUCGAGUGGGAUGUUUCAGUAUGAGAGCUAAGAGUUUGAUAAGUAAGAAGCAGAUUAGUACAAGAUUAAGAAAAAUGAUAAAGUGUAUAUGUUCGAGGGAGCAGUUAAGAGUGGAGGAGUUGAGUUACUCAUCAGAGUCACUGGCAACGAGGGACUAUUCGGCAAGUGGUGGUUUAUCAUCUCGACCUGGUGAAAUCGACCCAAAGGUUGAUAAUACCAACAUUGAAGAAGCAGAGUCCUCUCUCCGUGAAAGUGGUUAUUUGAACUAUGAGGAAGCUAGAGCCUUGCUUGGAAGACUUGAGUAUCAGAAAGGCAAUAUCGAAGCUGCACUUCAUGUGUUUGAAGGAAUAGAUAUUGCUGCUGUCAUUCCCAAGUUGAAAGUUUCUAUAUCUAGAAGAUGUGAACCCAAUAAACGCCGUUCGCAAAGUGAUGCAAUGCCUCCUAUGUCAAUGCACGCUGUUAGUUUACUUCUUGAAGCUGUCUUUCUCAAGGCAAAAUCGUUUCAGGCUCUUGGAAGGUUUCAAGAUGCUGCUCAGUCAUGCAAAACUAUAUUAGACACUGUUGAAUCUGCUUUACCAGAAGGCUGGCCUGAAAACUUUGUUUCAGACUGUAAACUACAAGAGACAGUGGGAAAUGCUGUUGAACUGCUUCCAGAGUUGUGGAAGCUUGCAGGCUCUCCUCAAGACAUUAUGUCAUCCUAUAGGAGGGCCUUGCUUUAUCAUUGGAAUCUUGACAUUGAAGCCACUGCAAGAAUUCAAAAGGAAUUUUCUUUUUUUCUUCUGUAUAGUGGUUGUGAGGCAAGCCCUCCUGCUCUCCGCUCUCAGUUGGAUGGUUCCUUUGUGCCAAGAAACAACAUAGAAGAGGCUGUUCUUCUGCUUCUGAUUCUGCUGAGAAAAUCUAUUCUUGGAUACAUUGCAUGGGACCCUUCAUUGCUUGAUCACCUUUCUUUUGCUCUAAGUGUUUCUGGGGAAUUCAAGACUCUAGCUCAACAGAUUGAGGAAUUGCUUCCUGAAAGCAUGGAGAGAAAAGAAAGAUACUAUACUCUAGCUCUUUGUUACUGUGGGGAAGGUGAACAUAUCACUGCUUUGGACCUUCUGAGGAACUCUUUGAAUCAUAGAGAGAACUCAAACUGCAUAAAGGAAUUGCUUCUAGCUUCAAAAAUUUGUGCUGACAACAAGGUUUGCGUCGAAGAAGGAAUCAAAUAUUCUUGCAAAGCCAUUUCUCAGUUUAAUGGAAAGUGCAUGCAGAUGGUAGCUAUUGCAAAUUGCUUACUAGGUGUUCUGCUGUCAUCAAAAUCCAGGUCAGCUGCUUCUGAAUCAGAGAAGGUUUUUAUGCAGUCAGAAGCACUCAGUGCUCUAAAAGCUGCUGAGGGAAUGAUGAGAGAAAGUGAUCCUUACAUCGUCCUUCAUCUUUGUCUAGAAUAUGCUGACCAGAGGAAGUUAAGCAUUGCUCUUGAUCAUGCAAAGAAACUGAUUAAGCUUGAGGAUGGAUCUAGUGUUAGUGGAUAUAUUCUAUUAGCACGGAUUUUAUCAGCUCAACAAAAGUUUGUAGAUGCAGAACUUGUUAUAGAUGCUGCUCUAGAUCAAAGUGGCAAAUGGGAUCAAGGAGAAUUGUUGAGAACUAAAGCUAAACUACGGAUUGCACAAGGAAAAUUAAAGAAUGCAGUGGAGACAUAUACUUUUCUUCUUGCUGUUCUUCAGGUUCAAAAUAAAAGUUUAGGCACAGCAAGUAAGGUUGUGAAGAAUAAGGGAAACCGUGACAGAAGACUGGAAAUGGAAAUAUGGCUUGAUUUAGCCAAUGUGUACACGGCCUUAUCACAGUGGCAGGAUGCUGAAGUUUGUCUCGCAAAAUCUGAGGCUAUUAAUCCCUAUUCUGCUUCUAGAUGGCACACAAAAGGUUUGCUUUCUGAGGCCAGAGGUUUUCAUCAAGAAGCUUUGAAAUCAUUUAGGAAAGCAUUAGAUAUUGAGCCAAACCAUGUACCAAGUUUGAUAUCCACAGCCUGUGUACUCAGACAACUUGGUGGUCAAUCAUCUUCAAUUGUUAGAAGCCUUCUCACUGACGCACUACGCCUUGACAGAACAAACCCUUCUGCUUGGUACAAUCUUGGACUGCUCUACAAAGCUGAUUUGGGGACAUCAGCAAUGGAAGCUGUUGAAUGCUUUGAAGCAGCAGCUCUUCUUGAAGAAUCUUCUCCCAUUGAACCCUUUAGAUAACACUUUCAACUUUAUUUUGUUAACAUAUAUCAUAGAUUCAUAGUAAGUUACAAGUCUGAUUGUAAAGUUCAGCUUCUUUUAACUUCUUUUUUUAUAGGUGAAAUGAAAUAGGAGAAAGAACACAGAUAAAUGUUUCUCUUAUGUGCCAUAAUGUAAUUAAUAAUUUAUUUUCCCUUUUAUGUUGGUUGAAAGAACACAGUUUGUGCAUCA